AAUAAAAAAAAAAAAUGGCGCAACGGGUUUAUAUUCUAGCCUUGGUUUUGGCUGUGUCGUUUUUCACGAUUGAGUGUAUGCAUACAGUGCCUGAACUUAUUCCAGAAGCUUACGUGGGGAGAUGGUACCAGGUCUACAGCAACCGAUGGGCCGAUCUUGGUAUUCAGGUCAUCGAGCCGGAUUGCGUGUCUGUCGAUUAUGGGAUAAUCAAUGCGACCUACGUGACAGUGUACAACGCCAACUGGCUCUUCGAUGAGGAGCGGACAGACGACAUCAACGGUUACGCCUACAUUCCCGAUCUCGACAAGCCAGGCGCGCUCAUCGUCGUUCUCGAAGGGGUCCCGCUUCUUCUAGAUUACUGGAUCUUCAAGCUUGGGCCUAUCGUCAACGGUCAGUACCAGUACAGCCUCAUCACCGACGCCGAAGACUCUGCCCGACCUCUCUUUGUGCUCACCCGCGACUUGGACGUGUUCGCCGAGCUUUAUGACCAGGAGGUACGCGAGUAUCUCCCCCUGCACGACUACGUGGACGGUUUCAAGACACCGUACGCCACGAAUCAAAACGCGAGCUGCAUUUAUCCGCCAUUAAAUAGGAAUUGAAGAACAUUAUAAUUAGGCCUAAAACAGAUGUUGUAUUGCCCUUUGCGACCGACCCCAAAAUCUUGGAUUUUUUAAAACCAUU